GAUUCAUCCGUGGCGGGAGAAGAAUUGAAGUGAAGAAGAAGGAGCAGCCUAAUAAUACCAAAUAAGGUGAGGAAGAAUAGAAAAGAAGAGACUUUUGUUGCAGAAGAGGACAGUAAGUAUUUACAGCAUACAUAGUUUCUGGUGAACAUCACAUGCCCACUCCAAACGUACGAAAAUCGAGGAAACAAAGAACGAAAACAUAGCAAAAGCGAAAAGGAAAAGCAACAACAAUGGCAGUGGGCCCCCACCAAACCUGUUCUGGAUUGCGGGGACGGGGAGAGAGGGGCAGUAAGUAGAUAUACACACACUAAUACGCACAAAAAGACAUCUUUCCUUCCCUCCAUCCUCAUCACUAGUCAAGUCCAACUCUCUCUCUCUUCUUACAAUAUUUAAUGCAUUAUUUAAUUCUCUCUUUUGCUUUUCUUGUUCUGUCUGCUCUCUUCGAAACAAGCAACCGGUGAGGUGAACACUUUCCUUCCAAGCUUUCUUUUCUCGUCGUUUCUGGAAAAUGAAAAUGUAUCAACUUCCGAGUUGCUGCUUCUUUUUUAUGCAAACUGUAAGAGGCAUUCUUAUGACGGUCCUCGAAUCUUCCCAUUUCUGUCUUCCCCCCAGCUUGUAAAGUUGUAAAUGCAGCACCAAUUCAAGAGAUUGUUCUGAGGUUUUUUGAUGUUGUACCACUCUGAGCAUAAAUAAUGGGCAGUAAAGUAUUCGUGACAUACAAGAGGAAGAGGCUAUUCUCAAGAAGUGAUCAUCCCCAUAUACAUUUGCUUUCUGAUACGCCUUUGGAUAUUAAAGAGUCCAAAAUCUCAGCUAAUUUUGACAAGCAUGAUGAGUCAAUUGCUGAAUGUAUAUUGCAGAAAAAGGACGGAGACUUUGGGAUAUGUCAUGAAUAUACCGAAGAAAACAUUGGAGAAAAUGUGUUGCAACGUGACAAUUGUGAUUCCGAAUUUCGUGAUCAAUAUAAUAAGGAGCAUGCCAAACAGCAAGAUUCCUCAAUUUCGGGUGAGACUCAAAAUUUAAGUAAAUUGGACCAAGGGAGAUGUUCCCCAAAAUCUGAUGUGAAACAAGUAACAUCUAAUCCAAAUGUACUUUUGGAGGGAAGUCCCGGUGAAAGUUGUCAAAUUGACUCUGCUGGUCAAUCCAAAUUGUUAUCUGUGAAGUCCAGCUCAGAAUAUGAAGACAAGUGCAAGGACACAUUUUCAACUUCACCUCCUCCUGAUGCAUUUUCUGUUGUAGAACCAAAGCCGGCAUGCCUAGAAAAUUGUGAUGGAAAAAAUUGCAGCCCUCAAAUGGAGGGCACAGCCAUCUCAGGAGCAUUUAAUUUGGAGGAAACUAACAAAAUUAAUAAAGAGCAGCCUAGCAGCUUAUGCAAUGAUUUAGUUACAAAGCGCAAGUUGGACUCGACAUUGAUUACAUUCUGUCGAAGAUCCAAGCGGAACAGAGAUAUUGCUACACCACAUAUUGCCUCUGAAUAUGCUGAUACAACACGUGCAUCUGAAACACCUCUCGCUGCCAGUUGUCCAGUGGAUCUCAGGAACGAGAAGGUUAAAUCCACAAAUUCCCUUAUUGAUAAUGAAGACAAAGAACCGGCAAAUAAUUCGUCUUCAUUUUCUACCCCAGCUUCGUCAUCUGCAAUUUCUUGCAGGGCCAUGCAUAUGGAUAAUCCAUUCCAUUUUCCACAUGGAACAGCUGAAAAAAGCGCCCCAUUUGCUGUUGCACAGACUUUUCAGGAUUCUCGUGAGGAGAUGUCUUCACUACAAGGAAAAGUUUGCAUGGAUGACAAAGAUGCUACAGCUGCUCGUGAUAUCGACUGCAAUGUACCACUUCACUGUGACUCUGAUGAAAAUCAUCCACCUGGGCCUUCAGAAGUUCGUCAUGAUUCUCCAGGCUUAACCUGUAAGAACAAGGAGAAUAUGCCAAGUCUGCAAGUGCAGUGCACGGAUAAUGGUUCUGCAGUAAGGUCCAUGUCUGAUAAGGGAAAGUUUAUUGUAGAUUCUCCACCAGUUUUGGCGGGCACCUCAUCAAAAAAUAAUUAUCUUCAGUUAUUCCCGGAAAAUAGAAGCAAUGACACACCCCAGUUAGCUAAAGACCAGGAAAAGGUGAGCCAGCUCCAGCCGUCAAGCUUACAGCCUUCACGUUUCCAUGGCUUAUCGCUGAUAUCAGAACAGAUGGUUAACAGUUAUGCUUGUUGUUCAUCCUUUAAUGAGUGGCCCAACGUUCAACUACAACCCAGAGAAGCUUUUCAGGAUUUUCUACAGUCCACGUCAGGUCGAGCACAAUCAUUUUUGAGACACAAGAUGAUGCUCGACAACAUUUUAAUUAGAACAAGAGCUGUGAGGGGAAGCAGAAGCAGCUUCUUGGACAAGUUUGAGUAUCCAAUCACUUGGUCGGAAGAGGAGUUGGAUUGUCUUUGGAUUGGUGUGAGGAGACACGGACGAGAUAAUUGGGAUGCCAUAUUAAGGGACCGCAGGCUACACUUCUUGCCAUGGAAAACACCUCGGGACUUGGCCGACAGGUGGCAGGAAGAACAAUCCCAACUUUUCCGCACCAUGCCCAUUUCUCAAGUAAAGUAUGCAAGCCCUUCAGAUUGUUUGACUGACCGUGUGAACAGUUUGCUCCAUUCGUGGCCAAAAGGUCCCGUAGAUGAAGUUCAACACUCCCUCGGGGAUGCACGUCCACUGUAUGAAAAUGGUGUCUAUAAACGACCCUCAGCCCAUUUUAUGAAUAUUCCACAAUACGGGCAUCUCCAGAAACCAGGUACAAAUUCUGGGACGUUAUCUUCCCGCAGGUAUUUGGGGAAAUGCAGCUGGGGUCUAUUCAACCCAUCUGAAGGUAACCCCGUCCCCCGGGAUGGUGCUGGACCUAUGAAUGGAAGUUUGCCUCACUGGCUAAGAGAAGCAGUUGAAAUCCCUCCAAGGCCAUCUGACCCAACCCAUGUUGCUGUUUCAUCAGUCAGCCAUUGCGGCACACAGUGGCUUAACAGUCCCAAUUUUGAGUGCACCGGGACUUCUCAGCAACCGUGGUUGAGCAACAGAUACGCCUCUGUUCUCAACAACCAUUGCGCCAAUCAGCCGUUGAUCAUACGACAUGGAAAAACGGAACCACAUGAGCGUGAGGUUAAUAAGCAGGAUAACCUGAUUGUCAUCCCCAGCGAUGCUUCUUCUGAAGAGACUAUUUCCGAUGACCAUAGCAUUAGGCCUUAGCUACUAAUCGACUCGACUCUGUAGUGAUCUUUAAGUGAGUUUCUUGACUUUCAGCAGGGAGGUUGUAUUUAGACUGUAUAGUUAUACUCUUACAACUGUCGACAACAUUGCGAAAUCUGGCUCGGUUGCAUUUCUAAGUUAAAAUGGGCCUCUGAUUGAUUAAAAGCUUUUGAGAAAAGAGGCAUUUUUGCAGGGAAUUCAGAACUUUGCAUAUGUGAUGAGCUUUUGUACAUGUUCCAAACUGGUUUGAGUAAA